AUGAGUACUCUGGUGCCCUGGAAGCACUUUCGCGAGGAGCUGAACAACGUGCACCCGAUAUCCUCGGGCCUGGAGACUAUGGCGCUGAAGACCACAAUAGACCUCACCUGCAACGAUUUCAUAUCAAACUUCGAGUUCGACGUGUUCACGAGGCUAUUCCAGCCGUGGAGUACGUUAUUGAGGAACUGGCAGCUGUUGGCGGUCACCCAUCCGGGCUACGUCGCCUUCCUCACGUACGACGAGGUCAAAGCGCGGUUGCAGAAGUACAUACACAAGACUGGCAGCUACGUUUUCAGAUUGUCCUGCACUCGACUCGGCCAAUGGGCCAUUGGGUACGUCACAGCUGAGGGCGAGAUACUGCAGACGAUACCGCAGAACAAGAGCCUGGUGCAGGCGUUGCUCGACGGCUACAGGGAGGGCUUCUACCUGUACCCGGACGGGCGGGACGUUAACCCGGACCUCAGCAGCGCGAUAAUAUCGCCCGCCGAGGACCACAUAACCGUUACUCAGGAGCAGUACGAGUUGUACUGCGAGAUGGGCAGCACUUUCCAGCUGUGCAAGAUAUGCGCCGAGAACGACAAGGACAUCAGGAUCGAGCCUUGCGGCCAUCUGCUGUGCACGCCGUGUCUCACCGCCUGGCAGAUUGAUUCCGAGGGCCAGGGAUGUCCGUUCUGUCGCGCCGAGAUAAAGGGCACAGAGCAGGUAGUGGUGGACGCGUUUGUACCGCCUCGGCCGCCAAACACCACUUCUGAGGCGAAAAACAACAUAGUCAAGACUGCAGUGAAACCGGUGUCAUCGAAUUCGUCAGGCUCUUCUGGUUCGUCUGUUUGCAACGGAUCGAGUGCGGACGUGACGUCAUCUAGUGGCUCCAACGGAUGGACGUCGAGGAGCGUCGCAUUCAACGGGUUAACCGACGAUAUAGACGACGCCGAGGACUGCGCGGAAUUCAACGCGGCCACCUCGACCAUAGACUCGCUACGGCCGGGGGUGCGUUCGCCGGCCGCCUCGCCGCGACACUCGCCGAGGCCGGCGAGGCGGAACGCGGCCACCGCCGAGAACGCGUACGGCGAGCUGAGAGCGCCACCCCUGCCCCCUAGGAAGAGCCUCUCGCCCGCAGAGCAGACCAUCGCCUCGGCGUCCAGCGUUCAGGACAUUGCGGCGGCCACGGCCCUAGAACCCAGAAGGAGAUCUUCGUUAGAGCCAGAGCCAGAUUCACGGCACCGUCUCACGUCUGUCAUCACCGGCUCUACGGAGACCAUUACAGGAGUUAUUGACACUAGACCCGAGCAGGUACCUCCGGAUCCGAGAGCGUUCGAGAAACCCCGCAGGGCAUGCACGCCGCAGUCCAACAGCCGGCCGCUGCCGGCCCCGCCGCCCGAACCCGUCCGGACGCCCCCGGAACCGGUACGGAGCCCACCGGAACCGGUACGGAGCCCACCGGAACCGGUACGGACCGCGCCCGAACCGGUUCGCAACCCACCGGAGGACAGAGGCGACAAACCCGAAGCCCGCUCAGUGCCCAACCACGACAGCGACCAAACCCAACGAGCCGCGAACGGAACGAAACCAGAGAGACCGGUAGCACCUUUGCCUGAAAGCCGCUCCAGUGACCGACUGAACGAACGGAGCGCGGAGCACAGACCGAUCGAGCGGCCCGUACCGGUCGGCGAGAGGCACACCGUCCGGCAGCCGCCCGAGCGGCCGCCGGACAAACCGGACAGACCGGACCGACCGGACCGGAUGCACAGCACGGACAGGGCGAGCUUCGACCACACCAGGGCCGAGGGCAGGGCCCCGCCGCGGCAGAGGUCGUUGCCCUCCGCGGCGAGCGCACCCGUCGACCACUUACCGGCCAAGUCCACGACCAUGCCGAAGUUCCCGUCAGACGACGCGAAAGACCCGCCGUACGAGAACGUCAGCGUGGAGAAGAACGAGCUCGCCGUGGCACCAAAGAAAAUAAACCCGCUGACGCACGACAAGAACGGGAGGAAAUACGGUGAAAACGUUUCGUAUGAAAACAUUAAUUUGGACUACAUUGCGCGUUUAGUUGGCGAAGGUUACCCCAAGGACAUAGUUGUGAGAGCGUUAGGCAUAACAAGGAACGACCUGGAAAUGGCAUGUGAUAUAUUACACGAGUUCGGUUCGAAAGUACAAAAUAAAUGC